GAUAACACUCAAAAGUAGGUUUCCUGAAAUCGACGUUUUAAGCCUUGCAUUUUUUAAUACAUACAGUAGAUGGGGGCAUUGCACUCCAUGUAAUUUUGUACUCGUCCAUGUAGUCCGGAAGUACAGAGUUCCCCGCCCCGGUUGCAGUUACACAGCGCCCGCCAGUAUCCCAAGAUUCCGCUGUUUCUGCUUUACCUCGCCGAUUACGGAGUGAGUACUGGAGGAGUUGGUCGUCACUAGUUACCACAGCCACAAAGUCACAAUUAAUGCCAAAACCCGCCUAUUUUUACAAUUUAUCUUCUUAAAAUCUGAUUUUAAACCUAACCACUCUGCUGACCUUAUGCCUAACAUUAAAUUAAGACCAAAAAGGGAAUUAUUUUUAAAAAUAAUUGUAAUUAUAUAUAGCCAAUUAUAACUUUGUGGCUGGGGCAACUAGUGACAACUGGUCCGUGUUCUGCUCGCUUCUGUCCAUUACAUGGUGGAUGAUGGCCGCUUCAAAGCCUGUCGAGCCGCACUCCGGGAGCGGUUUCCCCCGCUGGCAGCUGGCCCUCCUGGUCGGAACCCCCAUAGUGCUGGGUGUAGGAGCCGUUUACCUGUGGAACCGCAACAAGACCAAGGACACACCCGGGAAAAGCAAUGGGGUACGGACAACUCCAGAAGGUAGCGCCAGCCCCGUCCAGGGCCAAGACGGAGCCCGUCGCGAACUGGAGGACAUGAGUCCUCUGGACCGGGCCCAGGGUGCUAAGAACAAGGGCAACAAGUACUUCAAGGCUGGGAAGUAUGAGCAGGCCAUCCAGUGUUACACAGAGGCCAUCGGUCUGUGUCCUAGAGAGAACCAGACAGACCUGUCCACCUUUUACCAGAACAGAGCUGCUGCCUACGAACAGCAGAUGAAGUGGACCGAGGUGGUGCAGGACUGUUCCCAGGCUGUAGAGAUGAACCCUCGCUAUAUCAAGGCCCUGUUCAGGAGGGCCAAGGCCCUGGAGAGACUGGACAACAACAAGGAGUGUCUGGAAGAUGUGACGGCGGUAUGUAUCCUGGAGGCCUUUCAGAACCAGCAGAGUAUGCUGUUAGCAGACAAAGUCCUCAAACAGCUGGGGAAGGAGAAGGCCAAAGACCAGUACAAGAACCGUGACCCCCUGAUGCCUUCUCCUCAGUUCAUCAAGUCCUACUUCAGCUCCUUCACCGAUGACAUAAUCAGCCAGCCGCUCCAGAAGGGCGAGAAGAAGGACGAGGACAAGGACAACGAAGGCGAGGCCACAGAAGUCACAGAAAGUUCUGGUUACCUGAAGGCCAAGCAGUACAUGGAGGAGGAGAACUAUGAUAAGAUUAUCAGUGAGUGCACUAAGGAUGUGGAGUCUGGGGGCCGGUACACUGCUGAGGCCCUGUUGCUACGGGCAACCUUUUACCUACUCAUCGGCAACGCCACAGGCGCCCAGCCCGACCUGGACCGGGUCAUCAACAUGGAGGACGCCAACGUCAAGCUGAGGGCCAAUGCUCUGAUCAAGCGUGGCAGUAUGUACAUGCAACAGCAGCAGCCUAUGAUGUCAACGCAGGACUUCAACAUGGCCGCUGAGAUCGACACACGCAACGCAGACGUCUACCACCACCGGGGACAGUUGAAGAUCCUUCUUGACCAGGUGGAGGAGGCUGUGGGAGACUUUGAUCAGUGCAUCCUGCUCAGACCUGACUCUGCUCUGGCACAGGCUCAGAAAUGCUUUGCCCUGUACAGACAAGCAUACACUGGGAACAGCCAGUCCCAGGUGCAGACGGCCAUGGACGGCUUUGAGGACAUCGUCAGGAGGUUCCCCAAGUGUGCUGAGGGAUACGCUCUUUAUGCACAGGCGUUGACUGACCAGCAGCAGUUUGGCAAGGCAGAUCAGAUGUACAACAAGUGCAUUGACCUGGAGCCAGACAACGCUACAACAUACGUCCACAAGGGGUUGUUGCAGCUCCAGUGGAAGCAGGACUUGGACCUGGGCCUGGACCUCAUCAGCAAGGCCAUUGAGAUCGACAACAAAUGUGACUUUGCCUACGAAACCAUGGGAACUAUUGAAGUUCAAAGGGGGAACCUGGACAAGGCGAUAGACAUGUUCAACAAGGCCAUCAACCUGGCCAAGUCAGAGAUGGAGAUGGCCCACCUGUACUCGCUGUGUGACGCGGCCCACGCCCAGACUGAGGUAGCCAGGAAGUACGGGCUGAAGCCACCCACGCUGUAACACCCCUGUCACAUGACCCACCUUACCCAAGCCCCUCCCACUCUCCACUGCUGAGCCUGAUCAUAUUAAAACUGCAGAUGUUUGAGUAAUUUUGUUUUGUACAAGACAUGAGAACUACCAGUGGUUAAAGAUGAAUGUAAAAUAUAUGUGACUAGGGUUGCAAAAUUCCGGUAACUUUCCCAGAAUUACCCGGUUUUCCUGAAAUCCAGGAAUUAUGAGGAAAUAAGCAGGAAAUCCGUGAAACCGCAGGAUUUCUGGAAAACCAGGGAGGGAAGGUUGGGAAAGUAACUGGAAUUUUGCAACCCUGUCUGUGACCAUCUAUUAUGACCAUGUUUGUCACGUUGGAGUUUAAACCAGGGCUAGAACCCCAAGCCGCUGGUAAAUAGGGAGAGGUUUUAACCCUCACACCCCCCGUCUCCUGAUAUUUAGUUUGAGCCGGACCACGACCUCUAUUGUCCCUCCUGUACCAGUCCAGAUGGUCUUGUUUUCUCUACCAGGAACAUGUGGAUGGCUCGUGAAGCCAGGGAUCCAUCCAGAAAUAAUUCAACCUUCUAAAA